AUGUCCGAAUACCCAGGGUGUGCACGGUCCGUCUAUGGCCCAGCGGGCUCGCACUCAUGUCUCAUUGAGCCCCCCCGGGUGUCUAGUACCCAGUCUGUGGAUCCAGAGGCCUUCCGCCCGCCUCCGUUGGGCGGCACUCCAUCUGGAGUUGGCUUGGACCACACACGCCCGGACAGAAGCCCACCCGUGCCGGAUAAAGUGUUGGACAAGCGGCCGGAAGACCUUACCGCUGUGGCGAUUGACCAGCCAAGGGAUGUUCCGCAAGGGAGCGCUGCUCCGGGCCGAGGGCGGAUCUCCGGUGGAACUGAUCCGAGCCCUGACAAGCAGAUCACCCAGGCUGGGAUUUUUGCGGUAGGCCGAGACCAGAUAAUAGUCCUUCAGUUUGCCGCUUUUCUCCACAAAGGUACAAAAGUUACCCUUGACCCUUCUGGAAACCUGUACCGCCGCAGGCGAGAAGGUUGUAAUGAGGGGGAUCAUGUGUUUACCAGGGGGAGGCUUCUUCUGGUCCAGGAAGCACCUGAACUGUCUCCUGAGGAAGGAUCUGGAAUACCCUCUCUUCCUCAGGGCCGUGAACAGGGCUCCCAUGGCCGUUACAAAGUCCUCCCGCCUGGUGCAGAUCCGGUGGAACCUCAGCAGCUGGGACUUCACCAAUCCCGCGUAGGUGUGUCGGGGGUGGAAGCUGGUUUUGUGGAGGAGGGCAUGGGUAUCCGUCUCUUUAAAAAACACCUUAAUGUCCAAAUGGUGAGUGGAGGUGAAAUCCGGACCCUUGAAGGUGGUAGUGUCCAGGAAGUCCACUGACGUGGGGCUGGUGGUGGACUUAAUGGUGAUACUGGGGUUGUGGGUAUUCAGGGUGUGGCGGAACCCCUCAAAUUCCUCCAUGGAAUGAGUCCACACCCCCCAGAUAUCAUCCAAAUACCUGAAAUAAUGGAGGGGUCUGAUUGCGCAGGCAGCAAGGGCAGAGGUCUCCCAUUCUGCCAUGAAGAUGUUAGCAUAGGCCGGAGCAAACUUUUUGCCCAUGGCCGUGCCCUUGAUCUGUAGAAAGAACCGGCCAUUGAACUCAAAGUCGUUCCUCCUGAGGUUGAUGUCGAGAAGCUGGAGGAGUUCCUUCUCGGGCCUGCUAACAUCUCGGUAUUUAUAAAAAAUGUUUUUGACGGCUUGGAUGCCCUGGUCAAUGUCAAUAUUCGUGUACAAACUAUCAAUAUCAAUGGUGAACAAGACUGCCUCUUGGGGAAUGAUCAAAUUUUUAAUUUUGUCAAUAAAGUCAUAUGUGUCCUUAAGAUAACUCUCGUGUUUAAUGGAGAGUGGGGUCAAAAAGUAAUCUAUAAACGCCGCCGUCCUGUAGGUUUCACUGCCGCAGUCGGACACAAUGGGCCUGCCCGGGGGUAUCUCGUACGGUCGGCUCCACUUGUGUCGUUCCUUGUGGAUCUUGGGGAGCAAGUAGAACCUACGGGGGCGGGGCUCCGAUUCGCCCAAGAGGUAAGUCUUUUGUUUGUGGUUAAUGAAUCGUUUUUUCAUUAAAUUUUUGACUAUGUUUUCGACCAUAGGGAUCGUUUGUGGGUAAAUGGGCGUGGCCAAUGGUUGGUAGUAGGUGGUAUCACUCAAUUGUCUGGUGCCCUCCCAGACAUAUUGAGACCUAUCCAUGAUGACCACUGCGCUACCCUUGUCUGCCGGCUUAAUAAUUAUGUUCCUGUUGUUUUUCAGGCUAUGCAGGGCCUCUGUUUCGUACCGCGUCAGGUUGGGCGCGACCGCGAGGGCGCAGCCCGAUAGGAGCGACGGGUGUUCGUCCGCCAGGACCAGCGUUUGGACCUCUGGAGGAAGCAGUCCCGGUGAGGGCUCCCAAUCGGACCUCGGGGUGAAAGGUCGCGGCCCAAGAGACUCUUGCUUUUCAUAGAAAACCGCAGUUUUGACACUUCUAUGAUAUUCCUGCAGGUCGAAUUUUACUUGAUGGUGCCACUCUGGACUGAGGCUGGUGGACGGGACGAAACUGAGGCCCUUGUCGAGGAGGGAAUGCUGCGAUGAGGUAAGUAGGAAAUUUUUUGAUAAAUUUACGAUGUUUUUGUUUGUGUUUAUGUUUCCCCCCCGAAAGGUCGGGCUUUUGGGGAGGUCAAGUUUAAACAGUGAUACCAGUGCCUCAUCAUGUUCUUGGCUGUGUCCUUUGUCCAAUGGAUCUUGUCCCUCCCCGUUUCAAAAUCGUCGUCGGCGAGUGCCGGGAAGAAUUGGAGGCGGGCUUGGAUGUAAUUGUUAAUCAGCCGGAGGUUGUCCUUGUGUUCCUCGGGCAGGGAUUCCGAGAAAUUGAGGAGGGGGAUGAAGACUUCGGCAUUAGGGAAGGUCGUUUUGGCCGCUUUAAGGGCCCUCCGGAGCUGUUUGAAGGUGGUAACCUUGGGUUUUUGUUCCCUAUUAUUGAUACCGAAUGCUAAGACCACCUUCUCAACCUCAGGACUAACUGCUGUUUUUUUCAGGAUGGCCUCUGCAUGGAGAAAUCUGGCCCCCGGGUAGCUGUCGAUCUGGAUGUCCUGGUGACGAAAGGCUGGAAGGUGCUUGAGGUUAGAGUCCCCGAUCACCACGACCUUCCUGCUGACAGACAGGUGCCAAUCCAUCAUUUUUCGAUCCGAGUUGAUGUGCACAGUGGGCUUUCUGGCAGUGCUCGGACUCGUAGGCGUGGUAACCUGCGCCGUACUAUUGUCUUCUGUCGGCUGUGAAGUCGAAGUGACUGUUUUUGUUUUUUUCUGGCUUCCAGAAAACAGUUGGGCCCAACUUGGGGUUCUCAGACCCAGGACAGGCCUGUCUGGGACGGACGUCUCCGGGAGGGGCACGCCCGGGAGGAGUGGAUCCGGGACGGGUAGGUCCAAGAGGGGCGUGUCCGGGAGGGGCGUGUCCGGAAGAGGCGUGUCCGGAAGAGGCGCGUCCGGAGGAGGCGUGUCCGGAGGAGGCGCGUCCGGGAUGGGCGGGUCCGGGAGGGGUUCCUGUGACCGCUCAGGGUAGAGUAGGUACCAGGGUGGAGGCGUGUCCGGGGAAGACUGAUCCCGUGUGGGCGACCCCGACUGCUCAGGUAAGUGUUGGUCCGUCUCUG